AUCGAUACAGUGGAAAUUCCAUAAAAAUGAAAACAUUAGCAUCAUUUCAUGGCCUGCUCCUGAUCAUUUUCCUUACUGGCAUUAAUGGCGACUGCGGCUGCAACAAGCUGGACAGAGACGCGACUGUCGUGGAGGCGUCGGAUCAAGUGUGCCAGCAACAGGCUCGAAAUACGAACAAGCACUAUCGUGACUACUAUGCUGAGCCGGAGCCCGAGAUCGAGGGCAUGUCUCUGAUACCCGGUGGAAGCGUACACAUUGGCACCGACAACCCUCACUUCCAGGCGGACCGGGAGUCGCCCGAGCGUUUGGUUAAACUGAAGGACUUCUACUUGGACAAGCACGAAGUGUCCAACGCCAAGUUUGAGGAGUUUGUGUCGGCCACCAACUACACGACUGAAGCGGAACGGUUUGGCGAUAGCUUCCUGUUCAAGACACUGCUCAGUGCGGCAGAGCAGAAGCGUCUCGAGGACUACCGCGUGGCUAGUGCGCCCUGGUGGUACAAGGUCAGUGGUGUUGGCUGGCGAAAUCCCAACGGCGUCGACACCAACCUGAACGGUCUCGAGCAGCAUCCCGUGGUGCAUGUGUCCUGGCGCGAUGCUGUUGCCUACUGCACCUGGGCCGGUAAGCGUCUGCCCAGCGAAGCAGAGUGGGAGGCGGCCUGCCGAGGGGGCAAGCAACGCAAACUCUUUCCGUGGGGCAACAAGCUGAUGCCCAAGGAGCAGCACUGGCUGAACAUCUGGCAGGGUGACUUUCCAGAUGGCAACACGGCUGACGAUGGAUACGAGGGCACCUGCCCGGUGGACAGGUUCCGCCAGAAUGUGUACGACCUCUACAAUAUGGUGGGCAAUGUCUGGGAAUGGACUGCGGACUUGUGGGACACGAACGACGUCGGCGAGAGUCCAAAUCGCGUGAAAAAGGGCGGCUCAUACUUGUGUCACAAGUCCUACUGCUUCCGCUACCGCUGUGCGGCCCGUUCGCAAAACACCGAGGACAGCUCGGCCGGGAAUCUGGGCUUUCGGUGUGCCAAGGAUGCGUGAAACAGCAUGGCAAGUUCGUCGUUCUUUGGAUAUUUUGUACGUUUGUGAGAUCACAAUUUGGAAUUAUACUCACAUUGGUGGUCUUAAACUA